AUGACUCUCAAUACUUCGGGCGUCCGUGAGGUCCCGUGGACAGCGCAAAAUGGAACAAGAGCCUUGAUCGCGAGCCUUCAGCUGGCACAGGUCCAGACGCUGCGGACGAUGCAUCUGACACUGGGAGCUUUCAGCCUUGCCCUGGCUAUUUUGACGGUCCAUCGAAUCAUCUCAGAUGCGAAGAGGGUAGCUGCGGUACAGGUUCCAAUACGAAAAGAACGCUUCAGCGCCCUCCGAAACGUCCAUCCUGCGGAGACUUUCCCACUCGUACUGGCUUGCGGUGCGGUCAUACAACAGAUUAUCUUUGUAUCAGUGCAGAGCACUUCCAUUAGUAGUGUAUUAUCCAACCAGUGUCGGGGACUCGCUAUGGUUACUUUUCCCGCGAUCUUUCUCGUGGGAUACAUAACUCUAGUCUUCGGCAUCGAGAUGGCCCUCCGAGCCUGCAAACACGAACGAUUCGCUCCGCGAGGGAAGUGGAAUACGACAAUCUGCAUCGGUAUUAUAUCGUUCCUGCUGCUCCUCACAUGGAUGCCAACCGUCGCCUGGCCAAUGUACAAUCGGUGUUUUGGAAGCCUCAUCUGGAUCCCAAUCCGCUACGAGCUGAUCGCAAUUGUCAUUCUGAGCAUCAUUACGUUCUUUUUCCUGUUCCUGGCCGCUCUGAUCAGCAUUCAACUGAUGAGGACGUCGAACGUGGAUCCCAACGAGCGAAUCGCUGCAUCGAGGAUGUGCUACUACCUGCUCAUGUUGGCAGUAGUCUACAUUCUGGUGAUACCUGUGGAAGUACAGGCCCAUCGACGAGAUUUCAUGGAUACGUUGGCCACGUCGAGAAUCGCGGAAGUGUCUCUCUUCACCUCCGGCGUCUUUAUCGCUUUCUUCCACCUAUUCCUCCGCGUGAACGCCACCCGACUCGUCAUCAAACCCAUGAGCGAGAUGAAGUCGCCCUCGAAACAAAAGCGACCCAAGAUCCGAUUCUUCGGCCCAAGCGACCUCGAGAUGAACAUCAGCGGGCCUCUAGCUCUGCAAGGCGGACGGCGGCCAGAGAGCAGACAAGGUCUCAUUGAGGUGGGCCCAGAGAAGAACCGUUACGACUUCGACCCCGAAUACUUCGCACGACCGGGUGACCUGCCGCUCUCCCCAGGCUCCAUGAAAUCCCAGGCCCCUAUUGACCCGACCAAGUGGCCAUUGCCUCCAGACCCGGUCCAGACAGGCUACUUCGCUGAGCCCAAAGAUGGAACAACCGGCCUUCACAAGCGUAACAAGUCCAGUUAUUCGCUCUUCCCAACGCGUGCAGAAGACAUCCCGCGCCUUCCUCCCACGGUGUACUCCCCACCGAACAGUGCUGGGAACCAAAACCGAUUCUCUAAACUAGCUGUGCGACGGCAAACGCGCCGAAGCUCGCUCGGGGAUGCCAAGUCAGUGACGGAUGUCAGCGAAGCGUUCAACUUCCUUGUCAAGCCUCCACCGCUCUUCUCGAACAAGCACCGACGUGAGGAGAGCACUGCCAGCAGCGCAACCGUGCAAAUCGGUCUGCGCUUCUCAGUUGCGCCGGCUACACUUGCCGCAGCCAAGUGCACACGCGUCGAAAGACAGAUCGAAGCCUCUGACGACAGCGUCCCUCCCAUCCGCCGUGAUGACAGCGAGUCCAGCGUUGAGACGCUCGGUCUACCGAUCCAGUCACCCUCGACAAACAACUCCUCAUCCGAACGCCUCAGCAACAUCGCCUUCCCAGAGCCUCCCAAACCCACCGCCUCGCCGAAGAACAGUCCCGGCAAGACGCCUGCCUUCCCACUCUCGUCACAGAACAGCGGGGCAUACCUACAGUCACAGCGUGAGAAGGUACUCCCACCUACCCCUCGCUCCACCAUGCCUGGACCGUCUCCGUCAUCACAGCCUCCAGCGCCAAUGUCACAAGUCAUGAACGGCCUGCGGAUGAACCCGAUGUCGCCUGCCUCGGUCAAACUCCCAUCAUCACCGUUUACACCCGGCACGCCCCGCUCCGGCGCGACCUCACCCACCAAGUCCAACCGGACACGGUCACCCACACAGAUGUCGCCUACAGCCGGUAUACCCCUCGGCGCCGGCACAAUUGCGCGCAGCCCUCCGCCCAACGGCUGGAUAUGA